AUGAAGUGGAAAGACUUCUUUCCUAAUAAAGAGCUGAAGGAGCCACCAUAUUUUGAUGCUCGGGCUGUAUGUUACACAAAUUUGAAGACUAUUCGUGAUUAUUUGGCUUGGAGACAAGUGGACUGCCAUAUAAAUAAUCAGUACAAUACCUGCUUCUGGAUGUUGGUGAAGUCUGGAAAAAGUGAACAAGAGGCUCAGCUAGCUUUGAAGGUAGAAACAACAGUGAAGAUUGGUGACUAUGGGGAUCCCAUAAAAAGACCAAGAUUGAAAGUUACAGUGGCACAUAUUGAUAUCAUAGGGCUUGAGUUUUGGGAAAAUCAUCAAGACAUUCUUCGAGAAGGAAAAUUUACGCAUGGGUUUGUAAAGAAGUUUGGCAUCAACCGCAUGCUUCCACCUUGUAAUUGGAUCGUUGUUCGCAUCCAUGCUUGCCAAUUUGAUCAAUUCUCAACAAUUCAUUCAUUUGACAAGCCAAAUGAUGAGACUGCACUAAGGCUGAUGAAUAAAUCUGCAUCUUUGAUGAUGGAGCAAUACGCUGACAUUGUCUUUGGAUAUGGUUUUAGCAAUGAGUAUAGUUUUGUGUUCCACGAGAAGACUGAACUAUAUCAGAGACAGGAAAGCCUAAUCCUUUCAUCAUGUUCUUCCUAUUUCACUUCUCUUUACAUGACGAAAUGGAAAGAGUUCUUCCCCUACACAGAAUUAAUGCAGACACCACGCUUUGAGGCAGAAGCUCUAUGUUAUCCAAAAUUAAAGAUCGUAUGUGAAUACUUGUCAUCGAGGCAAGCAGAGUGUCAUGCUGGUAACCAAUACAAUACAUGCUUUUGGGUGCUAGUGAAAUCUGGAAAAAGUGAAAAGGAAGCCCAUGAGAUAGUGAAGGUCUUCUUUCAAAAUUAA